AUGAAAAGGGGACGAUCAAAGUGUCAGAGCUUCACCCCGUUUGAGUGCAGAAACAAGAGACACAGGAGUGCUACGCCAGCACACGUCCAGACGGGCUCUUCCGCCUCACAGAGACCCACUGAAGAGAUGUGGGGUGACCUGCCACACCACGUGGUCCUGCACAUAUUCCAGUACCUGUCUCUGGUUGAGCCUCUUCUGUGUGUUGCCGUUAAGUAUUUAAACAAAAACUGCACCAUUAAAACACUGGGUCUGAUUUCCACAGCACGGCCGAGCUUCAUGGACGUGUCCCAGUCACACUUUGUCUCAGCUCUGACGAUGGUGUUUGUGAAUUCCAAAUCCUCUAUAAAAAUUGAUGACACACCGGUUGAUGACCCUUCCCUGAAGGUACUGGUCACCAACAACAGAGACACGCUCAAGCUGCUGAAGAUGAGUAGCUGUCCUCAUGUGUCUUCUGCAGGAAUCCUGUGUGUGACGGAUCAGUGUCACGGGCUGCGCGAACUGGUUCUGAACUACCACCUGAUGAGCGACGAGCUUCUGCUGGUGCUCUCCUCCGAGAAACACGUCCACCUGGAGCACCUGCGCAUCGACGUGGUGAGCGAGAACCCGGGCCAAACGCAGUUCCACGCCAUCAAGAAGAGCAGCUGGGACGCCCUCAUCCGCCACUCGCCCCAGGUCAACAUCGUCAUGUACUUCUUCCUUUACGAGGAGGAGUUCGAGCCCUUCUUCCGUGAGCAGACGCCCAUCACGCACCUGUACUUCAGCCAGGCCGUCAGUAAAGACAUGCUGUGCUGCCCGUGUCUAGUGGAGCUGGUGGUGUGCGCCAACAGGCUGGAGCCGCUGGACGAAGAGCUGAUCCGGAUCGCUGAGCGCUGCAAGAGCCUGAAGGCCAUCGGCCGGGGCGAGUGCGAGGUCACCUGCAGCGGCUUCAUGGAGUUCGUGAAGAUGUGUGGCGGCCGCUUGAGCCAGUUGUCCAUCAUGGAGGAGGUGCUCAUCCCCGACAAUUUCAUUUAUACAACCACAAAAGCAUAUUUUCAGUAA